GAAACAAUCGCUUCCCCAAUCCUGCUUUGUGUUGCUUUUGAGGUCGAUCCAUCAGACUCUCUCUUGCUUCACUUCAUCUAUCAUCUGCCCACCACCACCUCUUUACUCCCCCCGCUUGCUCAUGGAGCAUCCCCUCACUGCUGUGAUUGUUGCGACCACAACGAAGGCCAGGGUAUUCACCCAUGGCCAGGGAUUGUGAUCUGAUUUGUUUCGUUUCCUCUCCCCCCACCGCAUACUCUUUCAUUGUCACUCUUCUGCUUAUCGUCCUCUUCUGCUUUCCUACUUUCUUCAGGACCUCGUCGCCCACCCGAAAAUUCCCCCAAUAUCCCGAUUCCCGCGCUGACUUCUCUCCCAAUACGCCUGUAAAGCCUCCGCGUCGAACCCGACAAGAACAGCGCGUCAUGGCUGACCGCUCCUCUGCUGAACAACUGGAGAUGGAGGACGUGGUUAUGAUGGACGCGAGCGUCCUCUCUACAGAUGAUUCGCGUCUAGGAUUUGGUGAUGGUGUAUUUGACCCAAUGGAAAUCAGCACUCCAUCCCCCGCUGCCCAUAGUUCCCAGGCUACUCAGACAAUCGGGUUUUGCGGCGCAGAAAAAGCCCUUCCCGACUCCUAUCCCACCUUCAUACCACCCGGACAACGUGCAGCACCUCUUUAUAUAAGGCUGGGUGGCAAUUCUUCGCUUGGCUCUCAUAUCCGCGCCCCCGUAAUGCGGCCUCGGACGCGCUUUUCUUUCUCGCCCAAGUCGCGAUCCCGCGAGCAAUCAAUCAAACCUGUCCAUCCCCGCCUCGCAGACUUACAACCUUACCAGAAGCCUCGCCGAUAUAACUCCUACAACUGUUUCAGUUUUGCCCACAAUUCCCAAGGUUUCAAUUCUCUUCCCGGCCGACAGGCGCCGUCUUUUGUCCAAGCACCCACAACACGCGAUUCAUCUUUCAGCAGCAUCGAUACGCAGAAAUCCACAGAUGAUGGCAAGGCCAAUAGCUUCGAUUCAGCAACCUCCAUCUCGACGUCUUAUUCCUCCUCCUCGCGCAAACGAUCAACCGACGAUGACCAAAACGAUCAGCUCUCUUCCACUUCGGACACUGGCAGUCGUCUCUUCUCAAAAUACCGGCGUGUGAGUGACGAGGGCUCCGGUCUUCCUAGCGGACCCCCCGAAACUUCAGACACUGCAGGUCAGGCUCGACCUUUGGAUGAGCGGACCCUGCUUUCAGCGUCGGGUCAGCCUAAGUUCCAGUCGACAACCUCAUCUACGCCUAUCGUGUCGCCCACCUCUCUCUCUCCUAGGCCCAGGGAAUCGCCCGUGCCGACGUACCCCAAUCCCUCCCAAGAUUCUGUACCCGGCUGCUGGCCCGGUGUAUCAUAUCCAAUUGAGUCUUCCUCACCACCGGCGCAAGAUCACACAGAACGGGCUUUGAUGCCCGGCGCACUUCUUCCACCAAACAGCAGCCAUAUCACAAAGAACAAAGGUGAUGACAAGGAUAUUUGCAUUGAUGAGCAGCCGCUAAACUCUACCUGGCGCACCUAUUGGUCUUCGUUGUAUGAUACCAUCACAACUGCGGUCAAAAGUACCGUGUCUCUGGCAGACUCCAUCCAGCAACGAGUAUUUGGCAUUUUUGAGAAAAAGGCCCCGUCCACACGCCGUUCAUCCCCCGCCGCGAAGCAUUCUCCCGUUCGCGCAAACAUUCGUGCCCUACCAACAGAGCAGCGGCGCCGGCUCAAGGACCAUCAAUGGCGCAAAGACAGAGGAUAUCCAACUGUCGAGGACUAUCCUUUUCCGGAGUUGUCGUUUGACGGCCCAUAUUUUCCAAAAUCGCCCGAGCCAGCAGUCAAAGUUGAACCUCAGGUUGUGCCAAGUGAGGCAGGGCCUGUGGAGCCGACUGAUGCAUUUCACCAACCUCGCAAGUCCGUCAGUCGGGUGGAAGCUUCUAUUCGCCGCCAGCUGUUUUCCAUGGCCAAAGCACCGAACCGCAGUGAGCCUACGUCCGGUGUUCGUAAGGUGUCGCGAGUUGAUCCCGUAAGCCCUCAGUUGAAGCGUCGAAUGCUUCUGCGUACUAGAACAAGGGACCCCGAACGUGCCCGACGGGAACGUGCGCUGCUUCAGGCACUACGUACUGGAAACUUUGAUGCGUUUAAUGAGAUUCAGAAAGGCCCAGCUAUCCCUAAAGUUCCCGAAACAGAUCAGCCUCUUACCACGCGCUCCAAACCACGGCCUAAGGUUCGCUUCCAGGAACCUCUCAUCGCCGAGCCCGUGCAUGAAGAACACUCGAUGAUUGUUACUGAGCUUGCUCCUCAUCUUCACCCAUCUAACCUGCAGGUUGAUCACCUUCCCAAGUCAGGUGAUAAUAUAGUUGACGAAGCGUCCCUUGAGCAAAAGGAGAAUAUACCACCGUUGCCUGGACUUGAUGUGGAGUUUGUUAGUGAGGCUGUACGUCAGGAUCUAGUUGAGCCCCCUGUCGACCCAUGGCUUCAACCACAGGAGUUUCCCCUUGGGAGACCCGUGUCAGCUGUGAGCCUUUUCUAUCCCAUUUCAAAGCCACUUCCCCCUGGUCGAACCAAAUCUCUUUACGCGGAUAUAUGGCGGAAAAUUGAAGAGGAGGAGAAACUCAAGUUACGCCCUAUUAGAAUUCGCCCUGAAGGCCCAGCUGUGCGCCCUCUUACCCCAAAAUGGGAGGCGCGAGUUGAUGAAGUCAAAGCAAUGCCCAAUCAUAGAAAAAUUGCGACUACACUAUCCGGUGAUCCACUCACACGGAAAGAUCUUGCUACAUGUUUCACCCCGGGCGCUUGGUUGAACGACGAGGUCAUUAACUCGUAUCUCGCUCUUAUUAUCGACUACCUGCGCAGAACGAAUGGCAAUGCUGGACGUCAUGACAAACCCAAGUUUCAUGCGUUUAACUCGUUCUUUUUUUCAAAUCUCCGCGAUAAGGGAUACGAAUCAGUGCGUCGUUGGGCUUCUCGCGCAAAAAUCGGCGGAGAGGCUCUCCUCAACGUUGACACAGUAUUUGUACCAGUACACAAUAGCUCUCACUGGACUUUGAUCAUCGUCAAGCCAUCCGAUCGAACAAUUGAAAAUUUUGAUUCCCUUGGGUCACUUUCGCGCCGUCAUGUCGCGAUUGUGAAGACCUGGCUCCGCGGGGAGCUCGGUUCUCACUACGUUGAUGAGGAGUGGACAGUCCUCCCUUCUAUUUCUCCCCAGCAAGACAACGGCAGUGACUGUGGCGUAUUCCUUCUUUCCACUGCCAAGGCGGUUGCGAUUGAUAUUGAGCCAAUGUCCUACGGUGCUAAAGAUACUCGAUUAUUACGAAAGAAGAUCGUCGCGGAGUUGAUGAAUGGAGGGUUAGAUGGGGACUUUGACCCCACGGAUGAAAAGGGGGACGUUUUGCUAUAAGACACGUUCCCACACUAACACACACACACACACAUACAAAAUGUACGAAUAUACGAAUCUAAGCGGGUGGGGAGUUGCUUGUUUUUGACUUUUUUUUUUCGGUGUUGGUUUGGACUGGUUUUGUUUUUUACCUUUUGCAUUCUGCAUUCUGGUGUUUAUGGGUUACACUGCGGUGACAGCACUUGAUUUUGCAUUCUAUGAGCACCAGGGACAUGAGCGUGGCGUUUUUUUUUUUUUUUUUUCCCUUGUCAUGAUGUUUUUGUGCUUUGGGAUACCCGUCAGAUGAAGCUUCGGACUCCUGACAUGAGCAUUGAGAAGGAGGAGUUUUCCUGUGAAUACGAAUUGCUUUCUGUAUCUAGCCGGGGGGAAGGUUCACAAUGUUGUUGCGCAGAUAGGAUAUGAUGCUCACCUUGUUGUUACACUUGGUAGUUUAUCCUGGAAUCGAACUAGGGGUAAAUAAG